UCAACAGCUAGACUCCUGUGAGUAGGAUAGGACCUAUAUGUUAUUCUUGCUACUGUCACCGACACGUGCAUUCCGGAUACAGUAAGUAGUGUGAGGGAUAAGAAGUCCAAAGUGUCAGAGCUGCAUUAUAAGGAAACCACGCUGUGACUGUUGCAGUAGAUAUGUUCGUUUCUUCUGCGCACAUGUUUUACCUGACCGCGGCCAUCUGUAGGACCCAGAGACACUACAUCCAUUGGUCCUUAGCAAGUCGUAAGUUUUCUGCGUACAGCUCUAGUAAAACUGGUCGGAAUAAUAGAAACAUCCCACCAAGUAUGGAUAAGCUGGAGGAUGAAGAGCUAGUGUUUCCAGAAUUUGUUGCACAGGGAAAGGAAGAAGAGAGCGUUGACUAUGAACUGCGAUUACAAAAGACGUGUGAGGAGCGCAUCCGUGUGGAGCAGCUAGAGAGAACGAAGGUGGAAGUAGUUGGUGCUGAGUUGUAUCAUCAGACCUUGCAACAGCAGGUGAAAUCACUUCAGCCACUCUUUAAAAAACUUGAAACAAAAGAAAUAAAAUCUAAAAAAGGCUUGAGUGACAACAUUGAGAUUAAUGAUCUUGGUUUCACUCCUAUUUUGCACAAUACAAAUAUGAAACGGAAAUCAACUAAAAUAAAAAUGGAACAUAAAAUAUAUGGGAGUCCUGACAGCAGUUUACCCAUAAGUGGGCAUCAGUGUUCAGGAUGUGGUGCCAUAAUGCACUGCCUAGAACCAACUAUUCCUGGAUAUAUCCCUAGUGAGAAGUACUCAAGUAUUUUGGAGCAGAAUACGAACAUGAAAAAUGUCACGUGCCAACGUUGCUUCCUUCUUGUCCAUCAUCAGAAGGCUCUCAAUGUUACCGUUUCUCAGGAGGAGUAUCGAAAUAUUGUGAGCAAUAUUCGGGAAAAGAAAGCUUUGGUAUUAUUAAUGGUAGACAUGCUUGACAUCCCCAAUACCAUCAUUCCGGAUCUGCUUGAUCUUGUUGGCGAAACCAAAAACAUUUUUGUGCUGGGAAACAAAAUUGACCUCCUUCCCGGUGAUUCCCCAGGUUACCUAAAACGCCUGAAAGGUCAACUACAAGAUUAUUGUACAAAGAGAGGUCUUAACAGAGCUGGAAAUAUGAAUGAUGUGCACUUAAUAAGUGCUAAAACAGGUUAUGGAGUGGAAGAGUUGAUAACCAAACUCCAGAGAUCAUGGAAGUACAAGGGUGAUGUAUAUCUAGUGGGAGCAACAAAUGCUGGAAAAUCAACUCUGUUUAAUGCUUUGCUCCAAUCUGAUUAUUGCAAGGCAAAAGCUUCAGAAAUCAUAAGAGGGGCAACCAUUUCUCCAUGGCCUGAGAUAAAUUUAAUUACUGGUGCCACUUGGUGGCGUUUUAUUGAUGAUGUGUUUGGCAUAUGGUAUGGUGACAUUGGAGCCUUACUGGCAUUUGUAGAAGAUCUUAAUUGCUCAGUUAAUGGCAUUAAAUUUACUUUAACAUAUGAUGAAUGUUCAAUCCAUUUUUUGGAUACAAAAGCCUAUAAAGGUGAGGAUGGUUUGAAAAUUGAUAUUUAUUCCAAACCUACGGAUAAAAACAAUACCUUGUGGUUUGAGAGUUUCCAUCCACCCUCUACCUUUACGGCAGUCCCAAAGAGUCAACUUCUAAGGGUUGAUCGGAUUGUGUCAGAUUCAGCCAUUAAGGAGGUACGUCUGGAAGAGAUGUCUGAUAAAUUUAUCUCUAGGGGUUAUCCUAAAUCAUUAAUUAAGGACAUAAAACAGAAUGUGAGUGCAACUAGAGAUGAAUCUAAAACAGUGAGGAUAACCAAAAAUGGGUCUAAAAAUCUGGAGAGAAUUAAAUUUAUAUCUCAGUACAAUACAAGGAGCAAUCAAAUUAAUAAAAUCAUACGGAAAUGUUGGCAUAUUUUAUCCAAAUGUCACCCAGAUAUAGGUGCCUUUUCAUUACCACCUAUGUUGGCUUAUAAACGUAGUCCUAAUACUAAAGAUAAAUUGGUGAGAGCUGAUAUUGGUGUUAAGAAAAAUGUUCAGAGUACAAUAACUGGCCAAAAACGAAAAGGAUGUUACCAGUGUUUAUCUUGCAUUAAUUGCAAUUCAAUGAUCAAGGGUGACACUUUUUGUCACCCUUACACGGGGUGUAGCACAUAUUCCCUUGCAGGGCCUGUACUGGUGCAGGUUAAAGGCAGCUUUCACGGCAGUAGCCCUCUGGACAUUUGA